CAGAUUUAAAAAGUCACUGUACUCCUGUAGUACAAGGAAAUGGAGCGGUGCAAAGCAUUAAAAUAUUGAAUUGUAAACAAGUCAGCGGAAGAAAGGGAAGGUGUGUCGGAGGAGGCUACAGCUAUUCUAGCCGCUCAUGGGAUUUAUUGCAUACUUACUGUAACGAUAGGCAUAAAGAUAUUUGAACACUUCAUUGUCAGAGACGAACAACUUAGCCGAUGGAACUGUCAGCAAUCGGCGAGCAAGUAUUUGCCGUGGAGUCCAUCACUAAGAGAAGAAUUAGAAAGGGACACGUCGAGUAUUUAUUGAAGUGGAAGGGCUGGCCUCCAAAGUACAGUACAUGGGAGCCAGAGGAGCACAUUCUAGACCCUCGACUAGUAUUAGCAUAUGAGGAAAAAGAACAUAGGGACAGAUCAGUGGGUUGGCGGAAAAGAGGUCCAAAGGCUAAACGACUGCUUGUGCAGAGGAACAUCUACACAAUGGAUCUACGCAGCGCACACAAAGAUACAGAGAAUGCUUCAGAACAUCUGUCACUCUCGUUGUGUGGUGAUGGGGAUAUGAGGUUCCCGUCUGCAGGGGCGUGUAUGUAUCAUAAUUUUUCCCAGCAUAAUAGAAAGAAAAAGGCAUCCAGAGACACAUCGGAGGAGGAAUGGGAUAGAAGGGAGGACGAUGAUGACGAGGGUGUUAUGGAGGAGGAUGAGGAAGAGGAGGAUACAAGACAGGAAGAAAUUAUAACUGGCAGCAGCACUUUAAACAAGGAUGUCAGGACAGGAGGCUGGAGUCCAACUGCUGAAUCCGAAGUCGUAUCUAUGUGUCCUUUGACUGAACAGUGGUGUCCAGUUAUGGGACCAGAGGAGGUAACUGUGACAGACGUCACCAUCAACUCACUAACAGUAACUUUUAGAGAGGCUUUAGUAGCAAGGGGUUUCUUCAGGAACUGGGAGCUGGAGAUCUGAUAUAACAAGGAGAACGUUGACGGAGAGAGUGAGAGAAACUGAGUCGGUACUUACAUCAUUUGCUUUGUUUAUUAUGACGUUGCAUGACUUCCAGUGAUUCAGACAAAGCUCAACUGCGCAGAAAAUAUGAAAUAAUCGAAAAGGAUUUUAAUGUCAUAAUGUAAUACAUUUAAUUGUACUGUGGUAAUAACCUUCAAAAACCUGCUUUUAGGAUUGUUAUCCGAUUACAUUAAAAAUAUAAUUUCAUGAUUUUAAUGACAGUUAUGAAUUGAGUCUAGGGAAGAGUUUAGGCAUUGUUGUAUUGACCAUGAAACAGUACCAGUUCUCUGAUGUUGAUCUGUGACAUGGUUUUCAUUGCAGUAAAGAGUAAAAAUUCUACGAAACAAUAAACUUCAGUAUAAAACAUCAAUAUAUACAUGUACCUACAUUUUCAAAUCCACAAGUAUUGACCUCUUUAGAGGCAACACUGAAAUUAUCUCACAUUUAGCAUUUUAGCACUUAUUGUUAUCGUGGUCAUCUUUAAAACUGCUUGAACAAAAAAAUGGUGUGGGGAAAAAUGUUACCCUUGUUUUAUUUGUUGCUGCACAAUCAUGUUCCACUGUUACAAUGUGUGUGUAACCGCACUUUAUUUUUUCCAACACUAUAACUUUUUAAUAACUUAAAUGUUACAGGGUCUGUGCAAAUAUUUUUCUCACUCCCGAUUUAGUCUUCUUGUGCACUGUCACCAAGUAUGACUGCACUGUAUUGGACAGUAGUCUUCAACGUUAGAUUUAACUUGAUUACUGUUUAUUGGUGUUAUUUUAGACUAGGAGAACUGAAGACAACUGUUAUAUUUUUCUAUUUUGACAUGAAUGUAUAUUUAGCCUUUAGGAAUAUCAAUCUCUGGAGGCUAAGCUGUUUUUUAUGCCACUAUAGUAGUAGCUGACUUUGUGAUCGAUAUAAAUUUAACUUUGUGUGCCAAAUGUCUGUUGCUUUCGCUUUUGAGAAUAUUUGCACUUUAUUUGAAGUCCUGGUAUUAUGUUGCCAUCAAUAAAACUUUGGUGUAAUUGUAUCAUUA